GCUGGAUGAACGCAGGAGGCAAGUCAACUCUUGCAGUCCUCGGAUCAGUGAGAUGGGUCUGCACUGCUCUCCCUUCAAAGAUAAAAUCUUUAUCGUUUAUUCUCUCAUGGGAUUUGUGCAUCACUGGCUGUGCCAGAAUUAAUUGUCCGUCCCGAGUUGUCCUUCAAGUAGAUGAUGAUGAGCCACUAACACCCCACCCCACCCCACCCCAAACCACCACAGUCCAUGUGCUGUAGAUUGAUCCACAGUGCUCAAAGCGAGGGAGCUCCAGGAGCCUGACCAAGCAACAGUUCCUGAGGACUGGUGUCUGGAACUGUCCCAUUAGCUCCGUGUGUGGUCUACCAUAUCCCUUCAUACCGCUGCUUAACUGAAAUUUAUUUAUCUCAGAUUUGAGAUUAAUAACAGGUCUCGCAACCAUUGCUGUAAGUGGAAGGAAAUUCUGAACAAAUACCAACAUUGGUGUGUACAAGUGCUUCCUAACAACUCUUCUGAAUGGCCUGGCCCAAAUACAUUAGUCUAUGCCUACUAGUUCUGGAAUCUCCAGUCAGUAGAAAUAGUUUAUCUAUUCUGUUUUUCCUGUUAAUACCUUGAAGACUUUGAUCAGAUAAGAUCUUAACCAUCUAAAUUAGGUUUGUAGCCUAAUUUAUAUAUCUGUUCAUACCAUAACCUCUAAAGUCCAGGUAUCAUUCUUGCAAAGGCACAUUGUACUCCCUCCAAGACCGCCUUAAUGUGUGGCGUUCAGAGCCAAACCACAAUGUUUGUCUUUCUUUGAAUGCUACUGUGCAGAACUGGACUGCUUCAUAGAACAUUACAGCACAGUACAGGCCCUUCGGCCCUCGAUGUUGUGCCAACCUGUCAUACCGAUCUGAAGCCCCUCUAACCUACACUAUUCCAUGUACGUCCAUAUGCUUAUCCAAUGACGACUUAAAUGUACCUAAAGUUGGCGAAUCUACUACCAUUGCAGGCAAAGUGUUCCAUUUCCUUACUACUCUCUGAGUAAAGAAACCACCUCUGACAUCUGUCCUAUAUCUUUCACCCCUCAAUUUAAAGCUAUGCCCCCUCGUGCUCACCGUCACCAUCCUAGGAAAAAGGCUCUCCCUAUCCACCCUAUCUAACCCUCUGAUUAUUUUAUAUGUUUCAAUUAAGUCACCUCUCAACCUUCUUCUCUCUAAUGAAAACAGCCUCAAGUCCCUCAGCCUUUCCUCGUAAGACCUUCCCUCCAUACCAGGCAACAUCCUACUAAAUCUCCUCUGCACCCUUUCCAAUGCUUCCACACCCUUCUUAUCAUGCGGUGACCAGAACUGUACGCAAUACUUCAGUGACUAUGUAUCUGUAUAAACAUUUUACGAAUUUUUUUUGCAAUAAAAGUUCUCAGGACGAUGCUAUUGUAUUGCACAUCAGGUGUGUUGACCCUUAUGAUGUCCCCAGAUGAAGGAAGUUUGUGGUAGUGGCGGACUGUGUUCAUGCUCUGAGCUAAUUGAUAAAGUCAAAACUCACACAACACCAGGUUGUAGUCCAACAGGUUUAUUUGUAAACAAUAGCUUUGUGACCAUUGCUCAUUCAUCAGGUGUUGUAAGAGAUGUAUCAAAUAAAAUACCAACAGAUCAUACAACUGAUGUGAAUGUUCAGCAUAAACCUUAAUGGCUGGCUGACUCCCUCCUGUUAAAACUUGAUUAAGUUAGAAGGGAGAUGCAGGUUUCAAUUGAAUGAAAUGCAAUUCUCAGAAUUUCUUUUUAAGUCUGAGAUAACUAAAGGUUUAGUCAGUGUAUACAAGAAGUGACUUCUCUGGUCAGACAGUGCAUUUUAGGUGUGAAGCGUUGAUUAGAAUCUGUCUGUGUUUUAACUUGGAGUCAUACUGGUUUUAUUUCCAAAGCAGGAAUUUGUAAAAUACCCCAUUGAUUGACUAUCUGCAAAUGGUGUGCUUUUGAACAAAAUAAAAUUUAUUUGAACAUACAAAUCUUCAAAUGCAAAUUCACCCCAUGGAUGUCUGUGUGUCUGUCUGUGUGUCUGUCUGUGUGUCUGUCUGUCUGUGUGUAAGAGAGGGGGAGAGUGAGAGACAAUGUGUGUGUGCUUGAGAGAGUGAGGGAGUGUGUAUGAGUGUGUGAGGGAGUAUUUGUGUGUGUGUGUCAUAUGAGAGAGUGUGUGUAUUUGAGAGGGAGGGCCUGUGUGUGUGUUUGUGUGUGUGUGUGUGUGUAUGUGUGUAUGUGAGAGUGUAUAGUGUGGUGCGGUCACCUGUAGUGCGACAUGAACCCAAGAUCACAUUUGAGGCCAUCUUUAUGGGUACUGAACUUGGCUAUCAGCCUCUGCUCGGUGACUCUGUGUUGUCAUGUAUUCCAAAGUCUGCCUUGGAGGACGUUGCACCAAAGAUCAAAGGUUGAAUGCCCUUGACCAUUCAAGUUUUCCCCAGUGAGGGGUAACACCCAAGUCUGGCGAUUGUUGCACGGUGUCCGCACAUCUGUUGUAGCAACUGCAUGGUUUCACCAGUAUAUCAUACCCUGAACACAUCCUUACCUGCAGUGUAUGAGAUAGAUAACGUUGGCUGAGUCACAUGAGUGGUUAGUGUUCCUACAUGUGAUGGUAGUACCCAUGUCAAUGAUCUGACAUGUCUUGCAGAGGUUGCCAUGAAAGGGUUGUAUGGUGUUGUGGUCAAUGUUGUCCUGAAGGCUGGGUAGUUUGCUUCGAACAAUGGUCAGUUUAGAGUUUGGUGAUUGUUUGAAGGCGAGAAGUGGAAGCGUAGGGAAGAUCUUGGCAGGGUGCUCAUCGUUGUCAUGUGUUGAAGGCUGUGAAGAACAUGGCAUAGUUUCUCCUCUGCGGGGAAAUACUGGACCACAAAGGGUACCCUAUCAGUUGUAUCCCAUGUCUGUUUUCUGAGGAGAUCAUUGCAGUUUCUUGUUGUGGCCUGUCGUUACUUGCGAUUGAUGGGUUGAACAUCGUAUGAGGGUGUACUUUAACACCUUGAAGGAUGCUGCUGUUACUCUACGCAUACUCCAGCCACAUCAACUGUAGCUUCCCAGCCCGCCUCAGUCUCCUGCAAUUUGCCGAUCGACAUGAGAUCUACAACAGACACCAUUUUCCUAAGCCCGCACUCAUCUCUGGAUCAUUUAGACAAUAAGGACACCGAUGUCAGUCUCUGAAUCAUCGACUACAUCUCCAUCUUCAUCACCAUAAUCCCCUCCAGACCUGAUCUCAAAACUUCUCGGCUCCGACCUCUGCAACUGCAUCCUCAGUUUCCGGACCUAUGGACUGCAAUCAGUGAAUAUAGACAACUGCACCUUCUCAACACUCAGCACUCGAUUCGAUUCCAGCCUGUAAAUCACCCGAUAUUAGAAGGGGAGGAUGCGAAGAAAGAAUUUGAAAACUAACAUUGUGCCAAGAUCUGAAAUCCAUUGAUUUGUCAGGAUCUGAAUGCCAUAAACCUUUAACUUUUAACUGUGGAAGGAGAAUUGUUUUCAUGUCCAGUGUAUUUCAAAUAUUUUAAAAAUCAAUUUGACUGAAAAAGAAUGGUGACACACAUACACCUGACUGCGAGCGUUUCAGUGCAAUAACUGAAAAAAAUCUUUAACUGGUUAAGCAGCCUGAAAAAUAAAUUGCACAGUUCACAGCAGAGAGAGAUAAUUCAUAUGCCCUGUGUGUGGACAAUACUUCAAUUAAUUAUCUGUCCAGGUUUAACAAUGCAAACACUUUCAGCAUGAAUAAAUCCUGGAAAUGUGGACACUGUGGGGAGGGAUUCCCCUCCCCAUCUGCGCUUGACAUUCAUGAGCGCAGACACACUGGGGAGAGGCCAUUCACCUGUUUCGUGUGUGAGAAAGGAUUCAUUUCUGUCUCCAAUCUGCUAAGACACCAGCAAGUUCACACUGUGGAGAGGCCGUUUACUUGCGCUGUGUGUGGGAAAGGAUUCUCUGAUUCGCACAACCUGCUGCAACACCAACGGAUUCAUACGGGGGAGAGGCCGUUCACCUGCUCUCAGUGUGGGAAGGGAUUCACACAAUUGUCUAACCUGCAUGUACACCAGCGAGUUCACACUGGGGAGAAGCCAUUCACCUGCUCUCAGUGCGGGAAAGGAUUUACACAAUUAUCCAACCUGCAAGCACACCAGCGAGUUCACACUGGGGAGAAGCCAUUUCCCUGCACUCAGUGUGGGGAGGGAUUCUCUCGAUUGUCCAACCUUCAGAAACACCAGCGAGUUCACACCGGGGAACGGCCAUUCAUCUGCUCUCAGUGCGGGAAGGGUUUCACACAGUCAUCCCACCUGCAGAAACACCAGCAGAUUCAUACCAAGGAGAAGCUGUUUACUUGCUCUCAGUGUGGGAAGGAAUUCACUCGAUUAUCCAGCCUGCAGAAACACCAGCGAGGUCAUGACUGACUGCAGAAAUGUGUUCUGCCAUUAGUACUUCUGCUUAUCACAUUCAGAACUAAACUGUGUUCAUUCUGCUGAUGGGUGAAGUGGGACUGUCAGUAGGGAACUUACUGUUGGACUGGCCACGUUCGCCACUUUGGCUCAGUAAGUCCUGUGUUUCAAAUUCCAUCCAAAUCACUAAAUGAAAGGAAGGUUUGGAAGGUAAAAGAUCUUCAGUUUUUUUUUCAUUUCUGUAACAGCAUGGAGAUGGUCACGUGAGGAAUUGUUUUGUAUAAUUCAUGUGGAUGCUUCUGACAGAAGGCACCUGGAGAUGUGUAAAGUUGGCAGCUCAUUUGGAAUCAACGAGGAGAAAAGAAGCUGGAAGGUUUGCUGAGCUUGGAGCUGGAGGAAGAAGUCUCUAGUCAGGCUCCCAGUGAAAGACCAAGAGUAUUGUGGUGGCAGGAAGCUGUCAAACAUCAGACAAUUGAAUGAGGAGUGACAAGGCCAUUCAACCCUUCGAGAAUGUUUCACUGUAUGAUAAGAUUGUGAUUGUUCGAAUUGCAUUUCCGUUCCAUGUUCCUCAAAGGUUUGACCUCAAGGUAGUCUAAAGAUCAUGCAGAAAAUGUAACUGAUAUAUUAUCCCUUUUUUGUAGGGUGGGGGCACUUAUAGCAAAUUGCAGAAGAUCAAGGAAUAAAUCAGCAUUUGUAAAAAUGGCUGGUGUUUCUCCAGCGAAAGUUUCACUAAAGAAUGAAGUAUCUGAGAAACCAAUCCUCUCUAAUGCAUUUACCAUGCGAGAAAAUAGAUGUGAGGGAUUCUGACCAGAUUAUACUUCCGGGAAGUCAUUCCAGAUGCCCAAGAAAGCCGAAAAAGAUUUUUGUUCUGAGUUGCUGGCUCAGUUGAAACCUUACUGGGAAAUGCUUUGGAUCUUUUCCAAAUAAAAAUUGUAUUAAUAUGAGUUAUUGUGGGAGAAAAUGUGUGUUGAAGAUACUCAUCAAAGCACAGCUGAAAUAUUCUGAACAAUCUUCGGCCCUUUACAGAAAGAAAGAUAUUCUGGCAUUGGCGACUGUCCAGAGAAUGGUCACCAGGCUGAUACCAGAUAAGGAGGGACUUUGGAAAGGAGAGGAUGACUGGGUUGGGCCUGUACUUUUUGGAACAUAAGAGAAUGAUGUUUGACCACACUGAAUAGGUGCUUUCCCUUGUCGAAGAGUCUAGAAACAGGAGGUAUCAUCUCAGAAUACUGGGUUGCUCGUUUAAAACAGUAAUGAGGAAGAAUUUCUUCAAGGGUAAUGAGUCUGAAAUUCUUUACUACUGAGGAUUACUGAUGUGGUGUUAUUCAAUAUACUAAAGGCUGAUCUGAACGUAUUUUUAGUCAGGAAGACAAUCAAUGGUUAUUGGGAAAAGGCAGGGAAGUGGAGUUGAGGAUUAUUAGAACAGACAUGGUCUCAUUGAACAGCAGUCCAGAUUUGAUGGGCUGAAUGAUCUACUUCUCCUUUGUCUUAUUGUCAGUUGUUCAGAGUGAAUUGAAGUUGUACUCUGGGGUAGAGUUCCUUGCUGUUGGUUUUGUUUCCAUGUUACUUAUUAAUCAUGUGGACUUAACACAGGGAAUUGAUUUCAUGGGCAGUGUACUGUUUUCCCAAAUUUGGAUGGAGAGCCACAUUUGGAAGUUACGCCAGUGAAGGAAAACUCCAUGAUAUUUGGAAUCCUGCUCCGCAUGGAACUGAUUCAAAUAAAAGAAAACUGAUGCUCCUAUCCUAGUAAAGGGGAGCACAGAAGCUGAAAACUACCUGCAGAAUCCAAAAUUAAAAUUUUCAAAUGAAUAGAUAAAGGCUGAACAGACUAUUGUUAAUAACAUCAAACAUUAAAUUUUGCUGCCAGUGCCAAAGCAAUGAGGAAUGUAACAGGCAAGUUACUGUGUUAAAAGAGUGCAUUUUCAACCUCAGCAUGAUGUGGAAAAAUCAAAGCAUUGGAAAGAAAACUAAAAAUCCAAAUUGAAGAAGCAUUUGACAUUACUGAGAGUUUCGUAGUUUUUAUUCUGAAUGGUGAUCAGAAAAAAAAUUACAAAUUGUUUAAAGAUAGACCAAGCAAGAAAUCGAACCAUCCUCGUGAAUAUAAAAGUGCAUUCGAAUAACAUGACCAGUGAGACUUGUAACCAACCCGGAAACAGUUGCAGGUCUUUUGACAGAAAAACAGUUUUAUUCAGUCAGUUCUGAUAACACAGACAAUAGAACAUAUGCAGAGAAAAAGAGUCCUGAAAAUCUUAAGCAUAAGAAUGAGGAACAGAGGAGAAAUCAAAAUAAAUUCCACUGGCUGUGGUAUACUUUUGGAUUGAUCCCAAAAGGAAGUGAAUGAACCUUCAAGAUUUCAUAAGAUAACAGUCCUGGGUUGCAAAAAUAAAACUGAAUUCAAAACAUUGUGUAGAUAUUUACAGUUGUGAUAAUUUACAAUACUUCUUU